ACAACGACUACUACUACUACAGGUAUAGUUUGAACUUUCUAGAAUCAGUUGUAGUGGGAAUUUUGGAGACAAAAAUCUGCAUUUAACUUAUGUCUUUUGAACAGAUAUCACUUUGUCAAUAUAAUAUGAAUGAAAGCAUUGGCAAAAAAUAUGCUGAAUUUCGAAAAAUAAGUAGACCAGUUGCUUUUCGUAUGUUAAAAAUGCUGAGAUAGUUUUGUCGCAUGAAGGUAUGCUAGUGUCGUUGGAAGGAAAUGAGCGUGAGACAAAUGUCGAAAGAUCUUUCCAACAAGGUAUUUAAUAGAUAAUCUCUUUUUUCCUUUCCACAAUUCAAGUGUGUACAUCAGUUUGUCACAUAAUUGUUUUAUUGAUGUUUGUUUACUAGAAUAAAGAUAACGAAGUUAAUAUUUUUCUUUGUUAUUCUAGAGGCUCCAGUGUCGACGUUGUCGCCGAGGACCCGUAAGGCUGCCACUACAUCGGCUGUUGCUCGAACAACAGCGGCUUUGGUUGCUACAUCUUCUGGUAUUGGAAAGAAACAGACUGGGACGCGGGCAGGGGAUACCACGACGCAAAGAAUGGUGUUAGCGGAAGUGAGAGGUAACGGGGCUAAUGGGGUGUUGAGUGGUAGCAAAGCGGUCAGUUCUACAGUUGUGCAGGCUAAAGGAGGGGUAGAUGCUAAGUCGGGUACGAUUAGUACGAAAGCGCCAACGACUGCAGUGACUGGAACAAUUAAGUCAUUGCAUUUGUUUACAACGACAAGAUCGGAUAAAACAGUUUCUGGUGGGAAGCAAUCCAGAAACCAUUUGAAGACAACAACUUCAUCUCAAUCCGAAAAGCCUUUGGCACAGGAACAAGUUCUGUCAUCCUCUAUUAAAGCUAAUAAGCAAAAGACAUCUAGAGCUUCACAGAAAGGGAUUUCAUCAUCGUCGAGUAAAGGAAGUCAAAAAGCCGCUCCCUUAUCGGAUGUGACACACAAAACAGAAAGUGUUACGAAAUUACAAUCAGUUCUUCCUGAUUCUUUUCAUGGAAAAGCAACAAUAAGCGAUAUUAAUGAAAUGGACGAAACAUUUGUCGGGAGUAGUAGCGAAUGUGACGAUGAACAAGCGGAGGAAGAAAUUGACAUUGAAUCAGUUAGUGCAGUAUUGGAAUUCUUACAUAGUUUAGAUGAUGUGAGCAAAUCAUCCUCUCAAACAGAUAAUAGUGACGACUGUCAAACAAUCGAUGUCUCUGUUAAAUAUGUUUAUCAAUAUGAUAUACAAAACCAGAUGAUGAAUUCAUCAAUGAAAGAUUCACAGAGUGAUGUUAUUCAAAACAUCCAACGAUUUAUUGUACAAGAAUUUGCAGAAGAAUGUUAUAGACGCAAUAUUGUUCAAUACCUGCUGGAUGAUGUACGUCUGCUAGGUUUGCAAGAUGCAUCAAAAUUCUAUCAACAUCGUGCAACAGUUCGAAUUUAUGUAUCAAUUAAUUGUCCCAAGAGAUUAAUUCCACUAAUACAGCGAAUAUUUGAAGCCGUUUUACAAAAGUUAGAACAGCGUUAUUUCUCAUCAAAAUCAAAUAAUAUAAAAGAUGAUCGCAGUGAUGUGACAUUAAUAGCGAUACAAUAA